AUGCCCCAGGUGGUGCAUCGUUCGCAGGAGGAGGACAUCGCGCCUCUGUCCAUCUCUGGGAUUUGGCGCUCCGUGGCCGUGCAGUUGGAGGUUUACAAGGAGCGGCCCGCGCCCUCCUGCGCCUUUCUGCUGGCGCUGCUCACGUGGCUGGCGGCGGCCUACAGGACCUUCGUCGCGGAUCCGGGUACGGCAGGCUUCUGCCUGGACAGCCGGGCGCUGUACUUCACGCAGGAUGCGCAGCGCUGGCUGCUGCACUUGUUUUGGCCCUUGGAGCCAGGCCUGGCCCGGGGCUUCGUGAGCAGCGCGCUGCUGCUGGUGCUGGGCUAUGCCUUGGAGUACGAGCUGGGCGCCGGGCGGUUUCUGGGGUACCUGCUGGGCAUCCAGAUGGGGGCUGCUUUCCUCCUCCUCCACUUUGGCUUCUCCUCGUGCCUCACCUCCCUGGAGCCGGCCUUUGCCGGGCUGGCGGUGGUGAUGCACCGGGUGAACCCCAAGGUGCACAGCGAUGGCAUGGGCAAGGCCUUAAAGCUGCCAUGGGAGGUGGAGCCGCGCUGGCACGUGUGGGUGCUGAUCGGUCUGCUUCUGCUCCAGGCCUACGACUUCCCGCGGGCCUUUGUGGCGGUGAGCGCCGGGCUUCUGCUGGGCUCCUUCUGCGUGCUGCGGGAGCCGGAGGCCUGGAGUGACAGCUUCGGCGCGGUGCGUCGGCGCUCCUUUAGUGCUGGGGCUGCGGCGCAUGUGGCGCUCUUCGUCUUUACCAUCCUCUUCAUGCCGCUCACGGUCACGGACUCGCGUCCGGAGCUGUGGUCGGACAUCCAGGCGGCGCUGGCAGACGGCCGCGCGCUGCGGCCCGGCUGGUGGUUGGAGGGCCUGCCCUCCUCCGCACCGCUGAUCCAUAUGGCCAUGGUCAAGCAGCUGCCCGGAGAGGCGCUGUACAUCAGCAAGGUGCUGCUCAGCUUCGCCCUCCCGCUGCUCCUGUCCCCCCUGCGCAUUUGGGUGAGAGCAUACUCCAUCUUCAUUGUCAUUCUUCUCAUGUAUACGAUGAACUGCCCCAUGUGGAGGUAUCCCCACUGGGGCUUUGUCUCGCUGGCGUACCUGGCAGUGGCCUUCUGGAAGCUACCCUCGGCAGCAGAAGACAAGGGCAAGCAAGCCUGA